ACAGCAGUGAAAAGAAUCCAGAAAGGAACAGGUAAGUCAUUGUUCCUUCUUUCACAGUCCUUGUGACCUGGAAUGUGCUGAAGUAACCUGUUUAAGAUGGAGACAUCUGGAAAUCUACCAGAGGUCAAAGUUUUUCCCCCCACAAAUAAGUCAGAAAAUUCACACACAGAGAGCCAGAAGAUAGAGGAGCGUCUCCCGCCUUUUAUGAAUCUCCAUCAUGGACCUCGUCCUGCAGAGACCAGGGAAGGUGACACCAGAGGAGAGUGCUGCUGUUGUGUCUGUGGGCCUAACCGGUGUGGAACAACAGAGCCUGCAAACAGAGACACAACUAGGGGUGAAACCGCUUCUCAGCUUCAGAGUGAUGAGGAGGAUCUUGAGCCUCCCUUGCCACUAAGAUCUGAUGAUCAGUGUCCAAACUACAGACCCCCUCCACCUCCUCACCACUACAUGCACAACUACGACUUGUAUCAUACGAUGGAUGUCAGGUAUUAUCACUCUGCAGGACAAGGGCAGUGCAACCUCAAUCCCAUCAACACACUCCCUCCUCAGUCAUGUUACGCUGCUCCCUGUCAGUACAGAGGACCCUGGGAUGACUCCCAAAACUGGCUCCGGUUCCAAGGUAACUUUAUGAAUGACAGCGUGGCUCAGGGAAGUGUUUCAGUUAACGUGCCUCAGUUCUCCGUGCCCCCUGUGGAGGCCGUGUUGCAGGUCAGUGUGAUGAACCUGAGCUCGGCAAGAGCAGAGGGGUUGGUCUCACAUCCACACGAGAAAAGAAGAACCAUCAGUCUGCCUGAAGAGUGCCGAAACGUUUUUAUAACUCAUUCUUCAGACAUUUCUUCAGAGAUAGUUCCCUUUGUAGACUUUCUCACAAAGCACGGUUUUCGACCAGCUAUUGACAUAUUUGAUAACCCCAUGAGAAACAUGGAUGUCAACAAGUGGAAGGACAGUUACCUGAAACAUCAGUCAGCCCUGAUUGUCAUCGCCAUUAGUCCAAAGUACAAGAUGGACAUUGAAGGAUGUGUAGUGGAUAGCCAUGAUCUACACACUAAAUACAUUCACUCCAUGAUGCAGAAUGAAUUCAUCCAGCAAGGCAGCUUGAAUUUUAGAUUCAUACCUCUUCUCUUCUUAAACGCAUCCCAGAAACACGUCCCAAGUUGGCUUCAGAACACGAGAGUUUACCGCUGGCCGCAGGACGCUGAGGAUGUGUUACUGCGGCUACUCAGGGAGGAGAGAUACGUUCCUCCUCCUGUUCCUCCGGAGCUCACCCUCAUCAUCAGGCCUGUGGCCCCCAGUGCUGCACCUACACUGUAAAGACACACGGCGUUUAUGCAUGUGUUUAAACAUUUGUUUUUGGCUGAGUUUAUUAGGAGUAUGGUGCAGCUUG